AUGAUCAAUACAGAGACAGGAGUUCAAGACUCUGCAAUCAACAGUGACUCAUCCAACACUACAAAGGAUGUGUCUAUGGUAGAUGUAAGCAAAGUCAAUGGUGAGAGCAAACCAACGAAUAAUGAGACGAAUGUAACACAUACCGAACAACCACCAAUAAGAAGAAGGUCAACCUUGAUUUUAACUGAUGAAGCUGAAGCAGAAGCAGAAUCUGAUCGGAUGAAUAUUGACAAGAAAGAUGCGGAUCAAGGUAGCGGUGGUGAUAUAGAAGAUGAAGAUAGAAUGCACGUUGACAAUUCGUCCUCGAACCUAUGUGGAAAUCAAGGAGUGCAUGAGAGACGCCAAUCACAGUCACAACAACAACAGCAACCACAACCACAACCACAACCACAACCACAACCACAACCACAGCAACCACAGCAACAACCACAGCAGCAACAACAAGCUCCAGCUCCUCCCGCCGUUACAGUACCAGUAGAUAUUCAAUGGGUACAGAGUGGUGAAAAAGUAUAUGUCACUGGUUCAUUUACAGGAUGGAGAAAAAUGAUUGGAUUGGUGAAACAACCAGAUGGAAAUUUCAUGAUAACUUUGGGUUUACCAGUAGGUACUCAUAGGUUUAGAUUUGUUGUUGAUAAUGAAUUACGAUUUUCAGACUUUUUACCUACAGCCACUGAUCAAAUGGGGAAUUUUGUCAAUUAUAUUGAGAUUACACCCGAAAACAUCCAACAACAUUUGGAUGAACAAUACGGAAUACAAGAAGAUCAACCAUAUGCGCAGCAGCAACAACCACCACCACCACCACCACAAUCAUCGCAAGCACAAGCUGCGCCACAACAAUUUCAACCAGAAAGAAGGAGAUCGGUCUCUUCAUCUGUAUCCAGUCGAAGAUCAUCUACAUCACGAUCAAGAACAGAUUCAAUGUGGCGAUUGACCAAUGAUGACGAUGAUAUGGGUAAUGGGUAUUCAAGAUAUCACGAUAACGAAGAAGAUGACGAAUCAAGUCAUCGAAAACUUGAAUAUAUAAAUGAUAUACCACCCAUUUUCACUGAUCCAAAAGUAAUGGAACAAUAUUACGUUGCAAUUGAAAAACAAUCAAGAUCAAAUAGUAAUCAACAACAAGCAUGGUUACAUCCACCUCAAUUACCACCCCAUUUAGAAAGUGUUAUAUUGAAUAAUUUCAAUAGUAACGAUAAUAAUUCCGGGGCUUUACCAAUACCAAAUCAUGUUGUUUUGAACCAUUUGGCUACUACUUCGAUAAAACAUAACACCUUGGCAGUUGCUUCAAUUGUACGAUACAAACGGAAAUAUGUAACUCAAGUUUUAUAUGCUCCUUUGUGA